UUGCAAAAGGCGCCGUUUUUAAAGCGGAAAGGGAGGAGGCAAGGAGAGCAGUCCUUCUCGCCCUCUGCCCCCGCUCGCCUCUCUGCCACCUCCUUUCUGCCGCCCAAAAGAGAGAGGAAGUUUUCGCCUCGGGAUGCCGCUGGCUGCCUUUCCGCUGCUAGUCUAGUCCCUUCCUGCGAGUAGCCUCCUCCCUCUCCAGCGAGCUUCUCUUCUCUUCUCUUCCCUUUCCUUGCAGCGAGGGAGAAGGGAGGAGGAAGAGAGCGUGCGCGGGGGAGCGUAAGGUGGCUUUCUGGGGGGAUAGAUUCCAUUCCUCUCCUUGGAGGAGGAGGAGGAGGAGAAGUAGUAGUGGGGAAUUGGGUAGCUAGGCCAGAUCAAUUGCUUUCUCUCGAUUCUCUGCGCCUUUUCUCCAACUUUACUCUCCCCCGUGGUUGGUUGGUUGGUUGUUCCUUGCUUGCGAGGGGGUUCUCGGUUCUUGGCAGAAAAGAACGACAGAUCAGUCGGUCAGUCAGUCCAGUCCCCUGUUCCUGUGCGAGUGGCGAGUGAAGUGACGGGCGUGGUUUCUUGGGAGUUUGGAGCCGGAGGAAGAAGAAGAUGGCAGCCGCGCCGCCGCCCAAGGCCGACGAGCUGCAGCCGCAUCCGCCCAAGGAGCAGCUGCCCAGCGUCUCCUUCUGUAUCACCAGUCCGCCGCCAUGGCCCGAGGCCGUGAUUCUAGGAUUUCAGCAUUUCAUAGUCAUGCUGGGCACCACCGUCAUCAUACCAAGCGCGCUUGUUCCUCAAAUGGGAGGUGGAAAUGAGGAGAAAGCUCGGGUAAUCCAGACGCUCUUGUUCGUCGCCGGCAUAAACACCUUACUGCAAACCUUCUUCGGGUCUCGCCUCCCCGUCGUGAUGGGCGGCUCCUACACCUUCGUCGCGCCGACCAUCUCCAUCAUCUUGGCUGGACGCUAUGACAAUGAGACGGACCCUCACGAGAAAUUCCUACGGACGAUGAGGGGGACACAAGGCGCUCUCAUCAUCGCCUCCACGAUUCAGAUCAUCCUUGGCUUCAGCGGCCUCUGGCGCAAUGUUGUCAAAUUGCUGAGCCCAUUAUCUGCAGUUCCUCUUGUUUCACUUGUCGGGUUUGGGCUUUAUGAACUCGGCUUUCCAGCGGUAGCCAAGUGCGUGGAAAUUGGUCUGCCAGAACUCAUCCUAAUGGUCGCGUUUUCUCAGUAUUUGCCUCAUGUGUUGCAUUCUGGAAAGGGUGUCUUUGGCCGGUUUUCUGUUCUUUUCACCGUGUCAAUCGUGUGGCUCUACGCAUACAUCCUCACAAUCAGUGGCGCCUACAAGAACGCCAAGUUGAAGACGCAGGCGCAUUGCCGCGUCGAUCGUUCAGGGCUUAUCGGAGGAGCUCCAUGGAUAAGUGUUCCGUAUCCGUUUCAGUGGGGGGCUCCUACAUUCGAUGCUGGAGAAUGUUUUGCAAUGAUGAUGACUUCAUUCAUUGCCAUUGUAGAGUCGACUGGAGCCUUCAUUGCUGCUUCAAGGUAUGCAAGUGCGACGAUGAUACCUCCGUCGAUCGUCAGUCGGGGAAUUGGUUGGCAGGGCAUCGGUAUCUUGCUUGAUUCGUUCUUUGGGACAGCCAAUGGAACCUCAGUUGCAGUGGAGAAUGUUGGUUUACUUGCUGUGACACAUGUUGGCAGCAGGAGAGUGGUGCAAAUAUCUGCCGGCUUCAUGAUUUUCUUUGCUGUCCUAGGAAAAUUUGGAGCCCUGUUCGCGUCCAUUCCACUGCCUAUAUUUGCUGGGAUGUACUGUGUUUUCUUCGCAUAUGUCGGUGCGUGCGGUCUGAGCUUCCUCCAGUUCUGCAACCUGAACAGCUUCAGGACCAAGUUCAUCCUGGGCUUCUCCUUCUUCAUCGGCAUAUCGGUGCCUCAGUACUUCAACGAGUACGCCUCCGUCUCGGGCCACGGCCCCGUGCACACGGGCGCUAGAUGGUUCAACGACAUGAUCAACGUGCCCUUCUCGAACAAGCCGUUCGUGGCGGGGCUGGUGGCCUACUUCCUGGACAACACGAUGCACCUGCACCAGAGCGCGGUGAGGAAGGACAGAGGCUACCACUGGUGGGACAAGUUCAGGAGCUUCAAGAAGGACGCCAGGAGCGAGGAGUUCUACUCCCUGCCCUUCAACCUCAACAAGUUCUUCCCUUCGGUCUAAAUCGUCGCGGGAAAGGGCGCUGUCGAUCCCCUUGUUCGUGCAUUGGCUGAACAUGAAUGGUCCUGCUAGCUUGAUCUGUCGAGUUUUCGUGGUGCCGCUGUGCGUCAGUUUUGUGUAUUUAUGGGCGAGAUGGACUGAUUGGACCAGUGGGGACGCUAUGCUAGUUUUGGAUCAACGUCUCGUAAGUCAUAGCCUGUUGUUAAUCUGUGGAUGUACAUGCGGUUUCCCUAGCCCAGGAAAAAAGAUCAUCAUUACUAAGGUGGCUUUGCUAUAAUUUAUUUCCUAGUCCUAGAAAUUAAAGAGUGAAGCGUUCGAUUA